CCCCUCAUUGGCUCCCCCGCCUGCCUCCCCCCGAUCGCCAAACUCCCCGACCCCGCCGCGCGGCCACCGCGCCCGCGCCAUAAAUCAAGCUAGCGCUGCUUCACUUGAACAACGCCGCACCUCACCGCCACCGCACACCUCCCCUGCCGCGCCGCCGUGACAGCGUAGGAAGGAAGAGCGAGCGAGCGUUUGUUGGCGCAGCGGCGGCGGCCGGCACGGCAAGAUGAUCACGGGCACGGACUUCUACCACGUCAUGACGGCGAUGGUGCCGCUGUACGUGGCGAUGAUGCUCGCGUACGGCUCCGUCAAGUGGUGGCGCAUCUUCACGCCGGACCAGUGCUCCGGGAUCAACCGCUUCGUCGCGCUCUUCGCCGUGCCGCUGCUCUCCUUCCACUUCAUCUCCACCAACAACCCCUACACCAUGAACCUCCGCUUCAUCGCCGCCGACACGCUGCAGAAGCUCAUCGUGCUCGCGCUGCUCACGCUCUGGAGCCACCUCUCCCGCAACGGCUCCCUCGAGUGGACCAUCACGCUCUUCUCCCUCUCCACGCUGCCCAACACCCUCGUCAUGGGCAUCCCGCUCCUCAAGGGCAUGUACGGCGACGAGUCCGGCAGCCUCAUGGUGCAGAUCGUGGUGCUCCAGUGCAUCAUCUGGUACACGCUCAUGCUCUUCAUGUUCGAGUACCGCGGCGCCAGGAUCCUCAUCACCGAGCAGUUCCCCGACACCGCCGGCGCCAUCGCCUCCAUCGCCGUCGACCCGGACGUCAUGUCGCUCGACGGCAGGAGGGACAUGAUCGAGACGGAGGCGGAGGUCAAGGAGGACGGCAAGAUUCACGUCACCGUGCGCCGCUCCAACGCCUCCCGCUCCGACAUAUACUCGCGCCGCUCCAUGGGGUUCUCCAGCACCACGCCGCGCCCCAGCAACCUCACCAACGCCGAGAUCUACUCGCUGCAGUCGUCGCGGAACCCCACGCCCCGGGGCUCCAGCUUCAACCACACCGACUUCUACUCCAUGGUGGGCCGCAGCUCCAACUUCGCCGCCGGGGACGCGUUCGGCCCGGUGGUGCGCACCGGCGCCACCCCGCGUCCGUCCAACUACGAGGAGGACAAGGCCGGCAACAACAACAACAGCAAGUACGGGCAGUACCCGGCGCCCAACCCCGCGAUGGCGGCGCCGCAGAAGCCGGCCAAGAAGGCGGCCAACGGGCAGGCCAAGGGCGAGGACGGCAAGGACCUGCACAUGUUCGUGUGGAGCUCCAGCGCGUCGCCCGUGUCCGACGUGUUCGGCAACGGCACCGAGGCGUACAACGACGCCGCCGCCAAGGACGUCCGCGUGGCCGCCGCCUCGCCGCGCAAAGCGGACGGCGUGGAGCGUGACGAGUUCAGCUUCGGGAACAAGGAGAGGGACGCGGAGGCCGGCGACGAGAAGGCCGCGGCGGAGCAGGGCACCGCGGGCCUGGUGGCGGCGCCCACGGUGAUGCCGCCGACCAGCGUGAUGACCCGCCUCAUCCUCAUCAUGGUGUGGCGCAAGCUCAUCCGCAACCCCAACACCUACUCCAGCCUCAUCGGCCUCAUCUGGUCCCUCGUCUGCUUCCGGUGGAACUUCGUCAUGCCGGCGAUCAUCAUGAAGUCCAUCGCCAUCCUGUCCGACGCCGGCCUCGGCAUGGCCAUGUUCAGCCUCGGGCUGUUCAUGGCGCUGCAGCCGCGGAUCAUCGCGUGCGGGAACAAGCGGGCGACGUUCGCCAUGGCCGUGCGGUUCUUGACCGGCCCGGCCGUCAUGGCCGCCGCCUCCAUCGCCGUCGGCCUCCGCGGCACCCUCCUCCACAUCGCCAUCGUGCAGGCAGCGCUGCCCCAGGGCAUUGUCCCCUUCGUCUUCGCCAAGGAGUACAGCGUGCACCCCGACAUCCUCAGCACGGCUGUCAUCUUCGGCAUGCUCAUCGCGCUGCCCAUCACGCUGGUCUACUACAUCCUGCUGGGGCUGUGAGCUAACGGAGACACGGCCGGGCUGCGUGCAACCAUGCCGGCGUGGCGUAGGAGACAGACGGACAGAGGAGGGGACAAGGGAGCUGCAGCGGCUCCAUGCGCCUGCCGGGGACAUGAUGCGUGCUGCUCCUGCAUGCAUGAGGGAGGCUAAUUACUAGGAUUCUUAAUUAGGUGUAGGGAUCAGAUGGGGUGAGGGGAGGAAUGUUUAGGGCAAGAGUUUCAGUUGUUGGUAAAUUAAAGGACUACCAAAAUCAAAGGUUGGGGAGGAUCAAUCCGGUUUGGGGUUUUAGAAGAUGUAUGCCCAUGUGUGUGUUGGCAGAGGUUUCUUUCCCUGGAGAGAGGAUUGCUGUGCUGGGCUGGGCUGGGUUGGCCUUGUAAAAUGGAUGUCAAUUUGAUGAAAUUAAUGCUAGAGCUCUUGUUCACCUUA